AUAAAAAAAAUCAGUUCAAUUUCAAAGGGACAUGGCUAAUGUUGAAACCCCAAAAUAUUAUGGCAUCAUCAGAAUCAUUGUCAUGCUUCUAUGCUUAUUUUCAAUGUUAGAUGACAGUGUUGCAAACUGGCUAAAUCAUGGAGCUGAUAUGAGCAAUACAAGGAAUGCAAAGGGAGAGGUGUUAAUCAACCGAUUUUCGGUGCAAAAUCUGCGUUUGAAAUGGUCGUUUUUCGCCGGUAAAGAUAUAUCUGCUACCCCAGCUAUAGCAGAUCAUACUAUCUACUUCCCGUCGUGGAACGGAUAUGUGUAUGCUGUGAAUGCAUUCAAUGGUGCACUGAUAUGGAAGCAGAAUAUUAGUCAAUUGACAGGACUAAGCGGCACAGGAUUCGUAUCCGGAGUGAAUGUAACCGUGUCUAGAUCAACCCCAACGGUUGCCGGUGAUCUCUUGAUUAUCACAAUUUAUGGACCGGCUUAUGUUCUUGCAGUAAAGCGAUCAAGCGGAAGAUUCGUUUGGCUAACUCGUCUAGAUCCACGUCCUAGAGCCUUGAUCACACAAUCUGGAACAUUUUACAUAGGGGCAUUUUAUGUUGGAGUAUCAUCAUUAGAAGAAGCGUUACCAGCUAACGAAUGCUGCAUUUUCCGGGGAAGCGUAGCCAAGCUAGAUAUCCGAACAGGUGCAGUUAAAUGGCAAACCUAUAUGCUUCCCGACAAUGGAGGAAAUCUCGGAGGCUACGCAGGAGCCGCGGUAUGGGGAAGCAGCCCUGCGAUUGACUGGAAAAGAAAGUUAGUAUAUGUGGGAACCGGGAACCUGUACGCAGUUCCUCUUGAAGUGAGUCAAUGUCAAGAAGCACAAAACAAUCUAACAACAAAACCAUCUCAGCCAUGCUUCGGACCAGAUGCUCAUUUCAACUCGAUUCUCGCUAUAAAACUCGACUCGGGGGAGAUCGCAUGGGCAACUCAACUGGGGGGUUAUGAUGCCUUUACUUUUAAUUGUUUGGUUCCCAAUAGCCCUACUUGUCCAGUAGGUCCUAACAAGGAUGCAGACUUUGGAGAGGCUCCAAUGCUGAUUAGUAUAGUUGCUAAUGGAAAAAAACGUGAUGUUGCAGUUGCUGUACCGAAGAGUGGAUUUGCAUGGGCUCUCGACCGUGACACUGGUGAUCUCGUCUGGUUUAAGCUAGCUGGACCAGGUAGCUUGGAGGGAGGAGGACUAUGGGGUGCAGCCACCGAUAGUAGGACAGUCUACACCAAUAUUGUCAACGGUUUCCGAGAGACAUUCAUUCUAGCGCCCUCUAACCAAACAACAACAGCCGGGGCAUGGGUAGCUUUGGAAGCAAAUUCCGGCCAAAUAUUAUGGUCCACGGAAAACCCUAGCAAUGAGACUGCCCAUGGCCCCGUCACAGUAGUCAAUGAUCUACUUUUUGCUGGGUCAGUGGCUCCUAAUGGUCCUCUAUAUGCAAUGGAGACGAGAACUGGAAAAAUUAUAUGGUCCUAUAAUUCUGGUGCUACUAUUUAUGGAGGUGUAUCGGCGGCCUAUGGCUGUAUUUACUUUGGGAAUGGUUUCACAGUCGGCUUAGCGAAAAGGUUCCACCCCACAUGGACUGCCGGAACUUCACUCUAUGCUUUGUGUCUAUAAAGAAAGACUUGAUGUGGUAAUUAAUAUAUUAAAGAAUAAAACAUGGAUGCUUUUCAUAUGUACUAUAAGUUUGUAAUAAUAAAAUUGAAUAACGUGAUAAAUUAGUAA